GACUUCGCAACUCUGUUCCGGUACUGUCGAAGUGGGAAGGCAUGCUUGUUUGGUGUUAGUUCUGUCAAGACAUAACGAUUUCAAAUAGAUAUCAGUCUGAAUGCGACCAGAUGUGUACUUCUCAAUCUUCUGGAGGGCCUUCGUUGUCCUCUUUGUGUUAAUGACGACGUUUCGACCAAGGGAGGGCUCAAACUAGUUUCACAGGCGUUAGAAAAAUGUCUGCUAAAAGCCAAAGCAAGUCGGGAUUUUCGUUUUUAGUGCAGGCUUCAAAGUUCUAUUGCGAUCUUUGUCCGGAACAAUCUCGAUUUUUUAUGCAAAAAAGUCAGAAUAUGUCAUCUGGGGUAAAGAGGGUUGUACCAGAGGAGCUGUUCUGUUCGUACUGUUUCCAGUGGCGGCAGCCGGCUAACCACCGCAUGAGGCCACGCCCCAGACGGUGUGCGUCGGCGCGGGUCCAGAGCGUGCUGCGCAGGGAGGGGCGGGGCAAACGCCUCAGUAUGCCCCAGAGGGACCUCCUCCGACGCUACAGGAACGCCCCCUCCUACCUGAUGGCUACCUGCCACACCUGCAACAAGACCUCCAAGUACAGUGGAGCAAACCGGGACAUGCUGUUCAGCGUCUCCAGGACGCACAGCCACACACCGGGCAGCGCAGCCAAACGCAAAACACCCCAGUCCAGCGACAGAUCCAACAUAGCCACCCCCAAAUCUGUGUCUAAGGAGAAGACGCUGAGCAGCACGCCCAGGUCUAACUCCACUGCCUCCUCCUCCUCCACCCCGGCCUCCAAGCCCUCCAGCACCAAGAAGUCUGUCUUCUCUCGCCUCAGGAAGUUCCUGCUGCUGGACGACAGCCAGAAGAAGAAGACUAAAGGCGGCCUUAAAGACUUCCUGUCUUCCCUCUGAUUGGCCACCCAAGCGAUCUUCCGUUUUACCAACAAACUGUUGCUUAGUGCCGACGGUAAAAGCCUGCUUCCCCCUCCCACCUUGCCCCUGGAGUGACGCAGGUCUGCAGGGCGGGGUGAAGGGGCCCGGAGGGGUCGCUCAGUCUGUAGAGCCCUGGGAGGGGGGCUGUGGAGCCUCACUGCCCCUUUUGUAUGGCAGGAAAACUACAGGAAGCUGAGCUCUUCUUCUGUGGUGUGAUGACACAAGCCAAAUCACUGCCAAGACAGUGGUUUGAGAGGGCUGUGUUUUGUUGAAAAUGUAAAAAAUGAAUACAUUUACACAAGGAUAAAUAUUGAUGGGCAGAUAAUUAAGAGUAUUUAAAUGUGACUUUUUACGUUGGUUGACCCAUCUAAAUGUUCUUGCUGUAGUGGCCUUCUCAAGUGUCUCAUAAGAAGUAAGUGGAUAGUUAGGGCUCAACCAUGUGUUCACCACUAUCUAAACAUCACCAGGUCAGGUUUUCUUUUCCUACUUGUUUUCUACAUUUCUUUUGUACAUACAACUAAAUAAUUGACAUUUUGUAAAAGGGUGCAUAUGCAAUAGUUUUGACUUUAAAAAUAUUUUUUUUGUGAUGCCUUUACUGUUUACUAUUGAUCAUUUUGCUCGACUGUAAAACAAGAUUUAUUGACAACACAAUGUUCUUUUAGCUGUGAUUGCCCCAACAAAUGAUUCAUGAUUCAUUUAGUACCAGACAGUUCUGUUUGGGUGUUUUGGAGUCAUAUUAUAAUCUCAUGUAUAGGUGCAUUCAUUAUUUCACGGCAAUCCUGAAAUACCUCACAUUUGUUUUCCUACAUGACUUGUUUUUCUGAAAUAAAACUUUUCAGAUG